UCGAAUAUUGAGACUAAUUAAAAUGAUUGAAUUAUCUUAAAUUUCAUGAAUAUUUUCCAUUCUAGGCCUAAGUAUUCAUCAAUUCCUUAUGUUUUCCUCUUGAAGCUGAAGUUACACGAAAUGGUUGAUUUCCAAGUCGUUGAAUGAGAAUAAGAUAUAGAGUCGAUUCCAACAAGUAUAUUCAUAUAUGAUACAACGGUGAAAACUAAGCAAUAUCUAUAAAACAUAGUAAACCUUGAAGCACAAAAUCGAACCCCAUCUUGUUUUCUGACGUGAGUACAACGUUUUGGCGCUUUUUGCUGAUUGGAUAACUCCAUUUAGUGGAACCAAUCAGCACGAGCAAAAUACAGCCAAUCAACGGCACGCAUUUUCCUUGGAAAAGUAUAUAAGCACGCGAUUUUUGGGAUUUGGCAUCAGUUGUAUUCGACGCAUUGUCAAAGCAAGACGCAAAAAUGAGAACCUCUUCGAUUGUUCGAUCUUCCGCCAUUCUUGGCACUUUCCUGUCAUCAACAGGCCGUACAAUGCACAAAGACUUGUAUGAGAUGGGAUGUAAUGUGUGGCAGUUUACUACGGAGGUGAGUGCCACCCUAAGGCAUGAGCUGCUGUCGCUGGGUGACAGUGUUUACAGCUUUGCUACAACCACUUCUGCUGCUGCUCUGUCUUACUUCUCGGCAACAGAUCUGCUCUUCUUUCUGGCAUUUCUGCUCUUUCUUACUUCGGUUGUUGGGUGUGUUCAGUUUGUUAGAAAGUUCAACACUGCAAUGAAAGACCUGAAAAGCACAAUGGCGGGUCUAGCAGAAGAGAAUGUGCAGAUGAGAUUGCUUGUAACAGCCUUGCUCAAUGAUGCUGAGGAAACCGAGAAGGAAUUAGCAAUGAAAUUGGAAACCCUUGCUGAAGAUCACAAGAACUUGGCCAAGUGGUUAAAUUUUCACACGGACAUGUUCAGCAUCAGGUUGGACUGCAUGGAGAGACGAAAAAACAAAAAAUAAAUCCGUUGAGCUUGCUUUUAUGAACAUUUCAUCAGCUUAUCAUUUAAUUUUCCAUACAUCAAAUGUGUUAAUAAAGAACUGUUGCCUGAAUC